AUGGGCUCCAGCAAAGGCUCGCCCCCGCCCUCCGCCGCGGGGCCCUCGUCGGCCGGGAAUGCCCCCGCGCCGGUGGGGCCGGCGCCGAGGCCGCCGGAGGUGGCGCCGUUCCUCACCAAGGUCUACGACAUGGUCUCGGACGCGGCGACCGACAAGGUCAUGUCGUGGACGGACGCCGGCAACAGCUUCGUGAUCUGGGACGCGCACGCCUUCGAGCGCGACCUGCUCAGCCGCCACUUCAAGCACCGCAACUUCAGCAGCUUCAUACGCCAGCUCAACACCUAUGGAUUUCGUAAAGUUGACCCUGAUAGAUGGGAGUGGGCCAAUGAAGGGUUUCUUAGGGGCCAAAAGCAUCUUCUGAAAAUCAUUAAGAGAAAGAAGAGACCUCAGGAAGCAGGUCGUGAGUUAGAGAAGGCACCUGUCAAAGCUGCACCUGGUACUGAAAAUAUUGAAAUAGGAAGAUAUGGCGGGCUUGUAAAGGAGGUGGAAACCCUUAAGAGGGAUAAAUCUCUUCUCAUGCAGCAGCUUGUGGAUCUCAGGCACUACCAGCAAAGCUCUAACCUUGAAGUCCAGAGUUUGAUUCAACGCCUUCAAGUAAUGGAACAGAACCAGAAGCAGAUGAUGGCACUUCUAUCAAUCGUUGUCCAGAACCCUAGUCUUCUCAACCAGCUUGUGCAGCAGCAGCAGCAGCAGCAGCGCAGGACCAACUGGUAUGAGGAUGGAAACAAGAAAAGGAGGUUCCCUGCUCUAGAGCAGGGUCCAGUAACUGAUUACGAGACUUCUGGCGCAGGGACCGAAAUUAUUCAGUAUCGGCCUCCUGCCCCUGAAACUUCUAGCCAAGUAAUACCAGAUGAAGCAUUUUUGUCGGCCACCACACAACCAAUCUCAAGUCCCGCACUUAACAUGCCCAUGGACAUUGACACUCAAACGACGUCGGACAACCUCAACACACAAGGUUCAUCAGGGGACAUUUUUGCUGACAUGCCUGCUCUACCAGACUUUGAUGACAUGCAUCUGUGGUUUGGCGAAGACGGGGAACCUACUUUAACUAUUCAAGAUUAUGAUGAGUCUCCACAGUCAGAGCAGGACUGUCAGAUGGAAGCACAGCAUAACUACAAUAACCCUCAACAUGCUGAUGUCAUAACUGAAGCAUAG